GCUAACGGCCACGAGUCAACACCAGCUGUGGUCUCAUCGCUGGGCUGAACAGCCCGUUGGCAAUUAGUCAUCCCUUCACCAUUGUUGUCCGUCGCGUCAGGUUCUUUUUAUCCGGUACCGGGUCGUAUGGAGUCUUCGUUUAAAUACUCGGGAAGGCGCUUUGCGGGCGACGAAACGUCCAGCUAACGUUGACUCGCCGCAGCCAGCCACGGACUGCUGCCCGGACGGCGUGUGGACGAAGGAGCGGAGAAGCUCAGAGCUGCUGGACGAACGUUUGUUCCAGCCGAACAAUGGGCCUAAUAUUCGCCAAACUGUGGAGCUUCUUUUGCAACCAAGAGCACAAAGUGAUCAUUGUGGGUCUCGACAACGCAGGGAAAACCACUAUUCUCUACCAAUUUCUGAUGAACGAGGUGGUCCACACGUCGCCCACCAUUGGCAGCAACGUGGAGGAGAUUGUGGUGAAGAACACCCACUUCCUGAUGUGGGACAUAGGGGGACAGGAGUCCCUCAGGUCCUCCUGGAACACCUACUACUCUAAUACAGAGUUCAUCAUUCUGGUGGUUGACAGCACGGACAGAGAGAGGCUGGCCAUCUCCAAAGAGGAGCUCUACAGAAUGUUAGCUCAUGAGGACCUGCGGAAAGCAGCUGUGUUGAUAUUUGCGAAUAAGCAGGAUAUGAAAGACUGCAUGUCCGCGGCAGAGAUUUCCAAAUACCUCACCUUGAGCUCCAUCAAAGACCACCCCUGGCACAUACAGUCGUGUUGCGCUCUUACAGGAGAGGGGUUAUGCCAAGGCCUGGAGUGGAUGACCUCCAGAGCUGGACUCAGAUAGCCCCUUCUUCUGUCGUCAGCAGCCUUGACCACCUACAUCAGCACCAGUGUGGCACAGCGUCAUGCCCCUUCUGGCUUAUUGUUCCUUCUCGUUUCUCUUUAUGGAACAUUGCAACGGCACAGGACGAGCACAUUGAUGUCCAGUGUUGUCCGUGCUUCUAUUGAUGACCAGCUAAAACAUCUAGAGACUUGCUUAUGGAACAAGCAGUAACUUUUACUAAAGAGAAAAUGACGAUUUCUCACAUUUUACACUACGUACAUAUCAUGUUGCGUUACUCUGCGUCAUCCAGAGUACUUGGAAACCCAAUAAUGGUGCAGCUCAGAUCUUUUUUUUUUUCUUCGUUUGCUUGGUAGUUAUUUUUUUUCUGUGUUCAGGUCAAAGGGAUUGCAGUAUAACAUUAACAUUAUUGUUAAAGCAGUUCUCAUAGUAAUAAGAUGACAACGUUGAAAAGGUGCACGUAAAUUUUUUUUUUUCUUUCUGACAUUUGUUACAUACGAUUUCAGUUUUAUAAGCUACAUUUUGGGUGGUAUUUGUCACACUUCAGGAGUUACUGUUGCCAUGUUUAAAUGCGGUACGGCGUACAAAUUCUGUUUUGCUUUCAGCCUGUGCUUUCAUAUUAAUGCCAGCUCAAAACAUUGGAAGACGAUUUUGUGAGGGGUGAGAUUCAACCCUGCAAUGACUGAGUCACAUCUCACAUCUGGCAUUUUAAACAUUUCCUUAACGAUGCAUGGAUUUAUUUCAUUCUGUUCUAUAGUCUGUUUUUAAUUAACAUUACUAGAAGCUUGCUUACGGAGAUCUUCUGUAUGGGUGCACGAUCACCGCUUUAUCGUUUCGUUUCCUGUUUUAGCUCGACAUUUUUCUUGAAACAUUUUUUUAACUUCAUAAACAAGGGAUCAGAGCAAACCUCUCAGAUAGGUGCCAUCCAUAUAUAGGGAGCUGUUUUACAGUGUUCAGUGGAAUAUAGGCAUAAAAGUACUUGAUUCCCAGCCUUACCAGAACUGAUCUGUAUGUUUGGAGGACUACGUGUGGAAGUCUGACAGUCUGCCUGAUUUUCCCGUUGAAAUAAUUUCUCGAACUUGCCAUCAGAUCUAUGCACGCGUCACUUUUGAAACCUUGUAUAAAACUUUUUACAAGUUCUUAAGUGACCAAACAGGAGGCGGUGCAUUAAUUCCAGUGAGCCAGAAUUAAAACGAUUCAAGCCUUUUGUGCACAAACGGGAACCGUGCAGUUGUUGAGUCUUCAGCACCGAGGUGACGAGUUUUCACUUUGAGGAUGGAGACGGAUACUGCGGCAACAUCGUUUUGGAUCAUGUACUGCAUUCGUUUUCAUUAAACAUUUGUUUUUUUAAACCGAA